CGGCGGCACCUUGAAGGCCUAGAGCUCGCUCGUGCAUCAUGGUUCAGCAAAGAGGACACAAACACUCCAUGACCAUGGGAAGCGGUUCGACCCAAGACGCUUUCGCGGGACUGGGACCCGAGGAAGGGGAUGAGGUUUUCGGGUGCGUCCCCUCCAGCAAGGACCCCAACUGGUGCAAGACUCCAACCGGGCACAUCAAAAGGCCCAUGAACGCCUUCAUGGUCUGGUCACAGAUCGAGAGGCGGAAAAUCAUGGAACAGUGGCCGGACAUGCACAACGCGGAGAUCUCCAAGCGCCUGGGCAAAAGGUGGAAGCUCCUGCCGGACUACGAGAAGAUCCCUUUCAUCAAGGAGGCGGAGCGGCUGAGACUGAAGCACAUGGCCGACUACCCCGACUACAAGUACCGACCCAGGAAGAAGAGCAAGUCUUCAGGGUCCAUCAAAGCUGGAGAAAAGGCCUCCCCCAAGAACAAGUCUUACCCCAGCCGCACAACCACCAGCAAGGUGCUCAAAAUCAAAACCUCUGCUUCCAAACACAAAGUGAACCUUACUGGCAAUAAACACAACAGCUAUGACAGGGGCGAAAGUGAAGACGAUGCCAUGGAUGUAAAGCUCUUGAGCCCAGCAGGUCAGAAGGAUGAUCAAGAGGCACCAAAGCCUGUCCUCAGCUCCUAUCACCAGCAGGAACCUCAGGGGCAUGCAGCGGACAGGCCAGUGGCUGCUCAGAUCAAAAGCGAGGCUCCCGUUUCUCAGCCUUCCUGCCUCAUCGCCCUGCCAGACGUCACGGCGACAGGGGAUGUCUGUCGGGCCCCCCGCGAGCCCAAGUUGGCUGAUCACAGAGCACCUGUGGGCGGCAGGUCCUCUACACCCACCUCCACCAGCUCCUCGUCCCUCGUGUCCUCCUCGUCCUCCUCCUCCGACGAGGAGCUAGACGAGGAGAUACUGCACAUCAUCUCCAACGCCAGCUUCGACAGCCUGCCCAUGGACUGCUCUUCCCUGGACAAGGACUUCGACGCCUUCCAUGCAAACUCAGGAUCACACUUUGACUUCCCAGACUACUGCACGCCGGAGGUGAACGAGAUGAUUUCCGGGGACUUGCUCGUGCCCAGCAUUUCUGACCUGGUAUUUACUUACUGAGGCUCAGCAUCUCAGCAUCUCCGUCUUGCCAACCCGACCAUCUCACAGGAAAUUAAGCAGCUGUUCAACCCUGAUACAGUGCCCCCUCCCUCUCUCUUGUCCCUUCAGAGCCCAGUGAGAGCAGGUGCUUCUCUUAUACCAGUGUGACAUUUCGGCGAGCUUAGUGAAAAGGUUCUGCAAAUCCUUUGCUCUUCACAAAAAAGGGUGUGGAGAGAACAUUUAACAAGCAGAGGCGGAGGGGAGUGGGGGGGUGGGGGGUGCUUUGAUAAUGAAUCCUCCGUUUCCAAAAUCAGCUUCUGAGAGAACUUCGGCAUCAAGGUGAUUAAAAUGUUUUUGCAAUUAUCUGUGAGGUCCGCAAGAAUCAGUGUUAAGAGCAUUUACAUGGUAGCAAUGUAAAUACAAGCACUGUUUCUGAGUUUUAGUUAACCCCUGCAGAGGGAAUAAAGGAGAGCAGACAAUAUGUUGUAACCCUUUUCUUAAGUAUAAAGCACUGGAUAUAUUCAUCUUAUUAGUCUUAAACUGAUUGCUCAAUCUGGCUUGUUUAGAACAGGUUUUACAUUGGAUUUGUAGCUGUGAGAAUUUUAAAAAGAGCUUCAGGUUUCAGAGUUCUGCACGUUGAAAACCAACAAAAUUAGGUGAUGCUCACAUUUCUAAUGGAUGUCCAAAUGGAUGUGAUAUUGCCAGUUUAAAAAAUACAAAAGGCAAGAAAGUCACUGACAUUUCAAGACACAAGCAGCAGGAGUCCUACACUAAUGCUGUUAUUAUUUGUUGCAUAUGAGACCUUAAUCUUACCUAUAGUGAUAAAAAGAUGUUUUAACACAUAUUUUAUCAAAGGAGCAGGAAACACCCUGAAACAUUGUGAUUGGGGAGGCUUUUUGCCGUUUAUUUGACUCAAUAAUAUUUAGCAUGUGCAGAGCAGUGAUUAUUCAGGCAAGAGAUACUGGAAUGAUGUCUGCAGCCCCAGUUCUGAGUCAUGUUAUAAUGCCUCCUGAUUUGGAAUUAGCAGUUUCAUCAUCUUGCUACUGGAUGACCUUUGUAUUAUCUCUAACGGUGUUCCUUGCACGAAUUCAUAUGUGGGUCUGUUUGCACUCGUUUUCUGCUGCGUUCAUUUAAUUCUUUUUUUCUUGGAAUUGAGGAUGCAUAUCGCCGUUGAGGCAGAGGUCUUUUGUACAGGGUCUGAGCGCUGUGCUCACUGAGCGUCUGCUUAGAGAUAAUGCAGUCUGGUUGGCAAAAUGCAUGUCAUGUCUGCAGUCGGGCUCCAGCUGCCUCAUCAGGCGAUCUGUGAAUGGAGAGAAAUCUGUGUCUACCAGCUGUCCCCAUUGACUCUCUCAGGGAUCACUUGUCUGGGUCUUAGUGCCUCCCAGAGGUAAUCUGCGCUCUCUGGAAACACGGACGUGGAUCAGGAAUGCAGUGACGAGGCACGCGGAUGGCUAACUUCCAUGGGAGGGGGGAGACAAAAUAAAUGCAAGACUUUCUUCUCUCUCCUCCGACUCAGAAAAAGGACUGCCUUUAUUUAUAUCUCAGCAGCUGUCAGCAUGAAUAUCUGCAUCUAGUAUUUUACAGUAACCUUAAGCCCUCUCAGUUCAAGACUCGAGCAGCUUUUUCUGCACCAGGAUGGGAUGGGUAGCAGCUCACCCUCCACUUAAAAAAGGGAUCGUUUAUUUUUUGAACUCUUACAACGAAUGAACCUUGCAGUUUCUGUUUGAUAACUGCUGCCGUCACGACGAACAUUACCCUUGGCUUCAGUUUUGAAUUAGUCCCCAUCAAGCGGGUUGAUAUCCUUGCUUUAGCUCUGUGACAUGGGUACUAAUCCGUGACCAAAACUAUCUUUUUUAUUUUUUUACAUCUGUGAAGAUAAAUGAGAAACUUAACAGUUCCCCUUGGAUACUAUGUUCUCCCAUUCCUCUCUCAUAUUCAGGGCUGGACCUGUCUGGAUACGUGUCCUUUUAAAAGGACGAGUACAAGCAAGAGGGAAUAGGUCAUAUACCUGAAACACUGGUCAAAAACAAUGAGGCCUUGUAUCAGGAAAGAAAGUCCAGAUACUCCAGAAAUGUGUGCCCAAGAAUGGCUUUAAGCUGACUUUGUUUAAAGCAAUAUGCCUUUUCUUCUUUGAGGUUUUAGUAGUGCUCUGAAAUUAUCGAGAUAUGGCUGGCAUUCAUUCACCUGGUAAAAACGAAAUGCAGUGUUAUCUUUUAGGCCCAAUUUCAGUUGUCUUGGCUAAAUGUGAGGCAAGCCAGUUCCACAUUGAGUGCCAACAUAUUCAAAAGACUCUAAAAUGUGUGGAGGCAUUUUCGUUUUCACAUUCUUUCCAGAUGAACACCUUCCAGAAGUUUGGGUUUUACUCAGAGACAUAUCUUUGCCAAAUGUAGAAAAGAAAGUACAACUAGAAUUUCUGCCAGAACUUAGGAACAGUGUUAUUCAAGUUUUAUAGUCAGUGACAUUGUAUGGGAAAGAAAGCUAGAAACAUUUUUAAAGUAUUGCAGAAUAUUGCAAAGAUCAAUAUUGUAGCGCAAUAAUUGAAGAAGGUAUUUUCUCCUCUGGUUCCCACACACAGGAUGGGUAGUUGUAGUGUUCUGCUGUAGACGGAUGCCCCCGUGAAACGGGGUCUCAGUGAUGAUGGAUGACAGUAUUCCGAACUCUUAUCCAACCAAACACCAGCAGUCUUCUCCUCUAACUGGACUCAGGUCAAAGCAUUCAACUCACUGUGCAACUGCUUUUAUUUGUAAUGUUUGUACUUUGUAAAAGAUGUGCUGUGUAUGGCUAUAUAUUAGGGAAAAAAUGAUGUAGCAUCUGACAUACUGUUGCUGGGCGAAACUUUUUAAAAGAUUAAAUAUUUAAAACUAUUUUACAGUCUUUUUUAUUUGGAUUUGUUU